AUGUUGACCCAUCCUAGAGUGCCUCCUCAUCGCCUGGAUCUCAAAAAGAACUGCAUUCGCGCCAUUCAACGAAACCUCUCGGUGGAAAAAGGAAUGGUAAGAAAUGCGCGCGUGCGCGUGGUUGCUCUGCAUCGUCGGUUCGUCAGAAUCCAACUCAUCAAUACAUCCGAAAGCCACUGCAUCCCCCUCAUCAACUUUGCGUCCCAUCCAAACUGUCCGUCGUGGAUAUCGAAUAAAAGACAGUUUCCUUUGCGACGCGCGUAUGCAACGACGUUGGAUGGUUGUCAAUGUUUAACGCUGGCGCGAACCGUGCUCGACUUUCGAACGGAUCACGGCCAAUUGUACACUGCGUUGUCGGAGGUGAGGACGCGAAGACACACGAUGUGUCUAUUUGCGGAGGCGAACGAGGGGCAAGACUGUUAA